AUGACGCAUACUUCCAAAGUUGUGGCAAAAUGGCUUAAGGAGUGGUCAUUUUAAAUGAAUUUGGCUAAAGUAAAAACUUCUGACUUCAACUGUAGGUUUAAUUGUAUACAUUUGAAUCUCUGAGUUUCUUCAACUGUACAUUAGGCCUAUAACUGCCUAUAACUGCACAUUUUAGGCCUAUUAUUUUGUUUGCAAGGUACUUACUCAUAUUUAUUAUUUCUCUGUUGAACCUUUUUUAGAUUUUAUUAAUAUUUUAUUGCAUACUUAAAUUGAAAAUUUGCACAAAGGUUCUAAAUAAACAGAGAAAUAAUAAAUAUGAGUAAGUACCUUUUUAUUUGAGUUUAAUUCAAAAUGUAAUAAGAAAUAGGCCUUUACAUGUGGUCAUUUUAUAUAAACUAUUAAUUGAAUUUACAGAAUGUGCUAUAUCGUGAUGUGUAUUGUUAUCGGGAUAUGAGAUUUUAGCCAUAUCGCCCAGCCCUAGCCCACUGUAUUAGAUAACCUUAGAGCCCAGAACCAAACUGUCUUAUGACAGACUAUAGGUCAUAUAUGUCAUAUAAAAGUGUACUUUUUUUCCAGAAAAUAUGUCCAAGCCUUUGCAAGACUGUUCUUCAGUGUUCUAAUGGUUUGUUAACAUUGUAUUUCUGUGUUUCUAACUUCCCCCAGGCAAGAUCCCAAUACUUCAGAGGUAGCCAUGACAGGUUGUUUUUGUUGUAUCAGUUUCAAUCCAAGAUGUCCUGUAUCGACUUAUGUCAACUUUCAGAUGGUCUCAUAGGACGAACCCUGUGGUUAUGUCACUCACAAUAUUCCUGUUUUUAUGCUGUAGAUGGGACUGCAGAGCAGUUUGCGUUUCAGUAUGGACUGGAGGGAACAACAUUUAAGAAUGAGAAUGGGGAGUGUUCCAAGAGCCAUCUGUCCAUCAUCAAAGUGGAACAACUGGACCCCAUUCUCCCUGAACAAAACAACUCCAGCUGUGGUUCUGGGUCACCUGGGGAUCCUGGGCCUCCUGGCUCGUCUGGUUUUGGGUCCAGUAUGAGUCCAGCUGCACAGUUCUUCAGGAAGUGCCACCAGGCAGGCUGCACACAGUUCAUCUUCUCGGAGUUUGCCUCCCGCCUCAACACUAUCACUGAGAGGAUUUCAUCCCAGCAGGCCAGCGAAGAAGAUUUCAACCUCACCCUGAAAGUGCUGGAGGCCUCUGGGAUGCUGCCAGAGAUCUUUGCAAAGAGAGACCAAGAAAUGGAGAAGAGACUGAAGGAUCUGCAGAGAGAGACUGAAGCGGUGAGGACUGCCAGGUCUGCCAUGAGAGAUGCCUGUGUCAUGAGCUUCACCCCAUCAUGACGGAUCACUGCUGAAGAUAAAAGCGGUUUUAUAAGAAGUAACUAGGGCCUGGAGUUUUCCCUGACCAGACUAGGAAUGUAUAGGACCGGAAGUUUUCCUGGUCCGAUCAUGUGGACAGGAAAAAACCUCACACCCCAGUUUUAGUAGAAUGUAAAUAUUUAAAACCUUUUAUAUUUGCCAUAUUUUUCUACCUUUGUGUUCAAACAUUUUAACUCUGAUAUUUGAAAACAGUUUGUUGUACCCUGGCUACUGAGAUGGGCGAUAUAUUAUACUUGAAGUGAGCAAUAGGCGAUAUAAUCUUGUGACGUACAUUGGUUUUGGGUUCCAAGGUUAUUGGCGUUGUAUUGAUGUUAGGUGGUCUUUUGUGUCCAUCUGUGCUAUGUACUUUGUGCUUACUAACCCUUCACAGGUUAAAUAUGUCCUUAUACAGUAUGUGUGAACCACUGUAUGGUUACUGUAAGACACAUUCAUUUGGAAUACACUGUAAUAUAGCAUACUCGAGGAAAGUUUAACGCAUUAAACCUAUGUAAAUGA